GAAUUGUUCCAGUUGCUCUACUUCUUGAGUGUCCCCCGCAGCUCCAUGGUACCGCCGCCGCUGCACAGCCCGAAGAGCCCUCCGCGGCAUGAGGAAGCGCUGUGUGCUGCUGCUCCUGCUCUACUCGGCGCUGGUGCUGCUGCUCUUCUCCCUGCUCUUACAUGACGGAGGGCGAUGGUUGGGGAGCGGAGGGAGCCGGACUGAGCCGCGGCGAUGCCCAUCACUAAACCCGUCGCUGUGGGAGACGGCGGAGAAAGUUGAAGCAGAAGCCCUGGGAUCCCCGCAGCCCCGCACGCACGUCUAUAUCCACGCAACCUGGCGCAGCGGCUCGUCCUUCCUAGGGGAGAUCUUCAACCAACACCCGCACGUCUUCUACCUGUACGAGCCGGCCUGGCACAUGUGGCAGUCGCUGUACCCGGGGGACGCGGAGAGUUUACAAGGGGCGCUGCGGGACCUACUCGGCUCUCUCUUUCGCUGCGACUUCUCCGCGCUCUCACUUUACGCCGGAGGAAACAUUAGCACCGCGGGGCUGUUCGGCUGGAAGAGCAACAAAGUGAUCUGCAGCGCCCCGUUGUGUCGCAGUACGGGAGGAGCCUCUAGCGCCGGGGCUGCGCGGGAAAAGGUGGGGCUGGUGGAGCCCAGUGAGUGUGAGAAGCGGUGUCCGGGCCGCCCCCUGCGGGAGCUGGAGAGAGAGUGUCGCCGCUACCCGGUGGUGGUGAUCAAGGACGUGCGGCUGAUGGAACUCUCUGCGCUGCUGCCUCUGCUACGGGAUCCCGGGCUCAAUGUGCGGGUGGUUCAGUUGUUCCGAGACCCGCGGGCCAUACACAACUCCCGUUUGCGUUCCAAGCGCUCUCUAUUGCGCGAGAGUCUACAGGUACUGCGGAGCCAGUUGCGCGGGGCGGAUCCAGCCAGCAGAGCCCGACAGCAGCAGCAACUGCACAGGGGAGGGACCGAUUACCUGUUGAACGGGGCCCUGGAGGUCAUCUGUCAGGCCUGGCUGCGGGACCUGCUUCUCAUCCGGGAACCUGGCCCCGCGUGGCUCCGCCCGAGAUACAUGAGACUGCGCUACGAGGACUUGAUACAAGAGCCCCAGGAGCAGCUGAGCCGCUUGUUGCGCUUUGCCGGACUGUCUGCUAUUCCCGAGCUGCACGACUUUGUACUGAACAUGACCAGGGGCCCCAGCUACUCCUCAGACCAGCCCUUUGUGGUGUCCGCUCGGGAUGCCCGGGAGCUGGUGGCCGCCUGGAGAGAGAGGCUGAGCACCGAGCAGAUCCGCAGAGUACAGGAGGCCUGUGGGGAGGCCAUGACUGUCUUAUCCUACAGGGCUGAGGGGGAAGAGGCGCACCCCUGACCCCCAAUCACAUGACGAUCAUGUACUUCUAACUUACCAUUUCUACUAUUUAUUACAGACGAACUAUUUCUUAGCAGCUCUUUAGUGUAAAAACCACAUGCAGAUCUAUCAUCUAUUAUCCGGAAUGCUCUGGACAUGGGGUUUUCCAGAUAAGGGAACUUUUUGUAAUUUGUCUCAAAAACCUUUUAAUGCAAAAUAAACACAGUAUAAUUGUUUUGCCACCAGUUCGGAUUUAUAAAGCUUAGUCAAGUGCUGUUCACACAGAAAAAGAAAAUGAUUUUGAAAAAAUGAA